UGCAUCUCGGAGAUCAAGACGAGAAUUUCCAAUUUAAGUUUCAGAGAUGAACGAAAAUGCGUUGUAUAUUUUUAUGGGGGUAACUAACGCUCUUUUGGAAUUGGAUAUUAUCUUCGAUUUUCUCGAUGGGAAAUAACAUAUUCUAACGGACCGGGGAUGACAAAGACAAUGGGAUACCGAGACUGGAGAUGGCUGGCGCUUUGGUGGCAUCAUUUCUUUCUCUUGUGGAGUAUAACAGACGCACAGACUCGUUACAGCAUCCCGGAGGAACUGAAACAGGGCACUGUGGUAGGAAAUCUAGCCAAAGAUCUCGGUUUGGGACUGUCUGAGAUUUUUGAUCGUAAGCUGCGAGUCGCCUCUGAGGCUGAUGAGCAGUAUUUCAGUGUGGAUGCGGGGAAGGGCGAGCUGGUGGUGAAUGACAGAAUAGACAGAGAGGCUUUAUGUGGACAAAGCGCCAGCUGUGUUCUACCUCUGCAGAUCGUUCUUGAAAACCCUCUAAGUUUACAUCGCAUUGAGGUAGAAAUAAAGGAUAUAAACGACAACUCACCCAGAUUUCACACAAAAGAAAUGUCUUUGAAAAUAGCUGAAUCUGCAGCAGUGGGAUCUCGUUUUCUUCUCGAGGGCGCAGAGGAUUCAGACGUUGGAAGUAAUGCGGUGAAAUCCUACACUUUGACCAAAAACGAAUGCUUUUCGUUGAAAAUGAAGGAGGUUGAAGAUGGAAAAACAGUCCCUGAGUUAGUGUUAGAGAAGCCUCUUGACCGAGAGAAGAAAGCAGUUUAUCGGUUACUACUGACUGCGUUAGACGGAGGGAACCCAGUCAUGUCUGGUACCUCACAGAUCACUAUCCUAGUGCUUGAUAACAAUGACAACUUCCCAGUAUUUGAUAAAAAUAUAUAUAAAGUUUCCUUACAUGAAAAUAUGGCAAAGGAUACUUUUGUUGUCAAAAUGACAGCAACGGACGCUGACGAGGGACCAAACGGUGAAGUUGAAUUUUCAUUUGCCUCACGGACACCUGCUUCUGUUUUAUCAGUAUUUGAAAUAAAUUCAUUAACAGGGGAAAUACAGUUGAAAGGAAACUUAGAUUAUGAAAGAACAACAUCCUACAAAAUUGAAAUAAAUGCGAAAGACCAGGGAGUUCCUGAAAUGGAAAGUCAAAGUCGUCUUCAAAUAGAUGUUAUAGAUGUUAACGAUAACACUCCAGAGAUUGUUCUCACCUCUGAACCGCAGCCAGUGCGUGAAGACGCACCAAGUGGCACAGUGGUGGCUUUGCUCAAAGCACGUGAUGCCGACUCUGGCAAUAACGCCAAAGUGACAUUGCAAUUAUCCAAAGGUUCUCCCUUCAAUCUAAAACCAUCAUUUUCUAAUAAUUACGCGCUGGUUACCAGUGGUGCUUUAGACAGAGAGAGUUUCUCUGAAUAUAAUAUUGAAAUAACAGCCACUGACUCAGGCUCUCCUCCUCUGUCCAGUAAGAANNGAAUCGAGGUAGAAAUAAAAGAUGUCAACGACAAUUCCCCGAGUUUUCUCAGCAAAGAAAAAUUAUUAAAAAUUGCAGAGCUGACGGCGGUGGGUGCGCGCUACCCUUUGGAGACUGCACAAGACCUCGACGUGGAGUACAGUGACUUCACUUUGAUUAAGCCCAGCAGCACCACUGACUUUAAGGAAGUGAUCAGUGUCCUGGAUGCGUCUUUACCGGACAGCACCUGGACCUUUGAGAGCCAGCAGCUGCGAGUCGCCUCUGAGGCUGGUAAGCAGUAUUUCACUGUGGAUGCGGGGAAGGGCGAGCUGGUGGUGAAUGACAGAAUAGACAGAGAGGCUCUAUGUGGACAAAGCGCCAGCUGUGUUCUACCUCUGCAAGUGGUCAUUGAGGACCCGCUACAGUUACAUCGCAUCGAGAACCCCAACAGAAACCUGCAGAUUCAGCUCAACACUGAUGGACCCAUCAAGUACGUGGAGGUCCUGGGAGGAGACAUGUUGUCUCAGAGUCAGUCCUUCAGGUCCUGUAUGUCUCCAAUGUCAGAGUACAGUGAUUUCACUUUGAUUAAGCCCAGCAGCACCACUGACUUUAAGGAGGUGAUCAGUGUCCUGGAUGCGUCUUUACCGGACAGCACCUGGACCUUUGAGAGCCAGCAGAACGACUGA